UGCUUAUUGGAAGUGGAAUUCUUGUUUGCCCUAUAGUGCAAUGGGAUGAGCAGGUUAUUAGGGAUGGUGAGUACAUGUUUUACUCGGACGGAUGUAUUCUAAUCUUGACUUUUUUUUAUGUUUCUGAAACUUGCAACUAAAUUCUUUGAUUAUCUCAAGUUCGCAUCUGUUGAACUCCUAGUUUUACUGUUGGUUUGUUGCUGAUAAUAUUUAAUUAUGGAAUUCUACUUUCUAUAUUGGUAAAUUGGGAAUAGAUUUGACUCAUACCCUGUCAAAUUUGUUUGGCCUCUUAUUUUAGGUCAUGUUGACAGUUUGAAUAGGCUACAUAAUCGACCUAAGCAUAUUUAACUUGCUUUGUCGAAACCAAAGGCUUUACCUCCAAAAAGAGUUGUCAAUUUUGUUCUUUUUCGCUUUGUGGAUAAAACCUCUUAUCAAUAAUACUCACAUUUUAUUGUAUGGUCGAGGACUUUUGUCAUGUCUUAUUUGAAUCAUCAACAAUUUUGAUUUUGCUCGUUUUUUUUACUUGGUCACUUCCAUUGUGCAUUUCUAAGAAUGUAGGAAAGCAACUAGGCUUUGUGAUCAUUAUAAGAAGGUCUGAUUGUGGGAGCAAGGGUCGUGGGAGUAAAGGCAGACAGUUGGCUAUUUUGGUGUGCGAGAUGAGCGACAAGUACAAGUCGUACAAGCCUGUGUUGAUGCGGAAGGGGACAUGAACCAAGAAAUGUGAUUGUCCGUUCAGGCUCAAGGCGAGAUACACAUCAGAAGAUGGUUUGUGGAGGUUGACUUUAGUAUGUGGAGACCACAACCAUGCCCCAGUCGAGACUCUGGUUGGCCAUGCCUAUGUCGGUCGCCUUACAAGUCAAUAAAAUGAUAUGGUGGGUAAAAUGGUUGACAAUAAAGUCAAGCCAGGUAACAUGUUGCUAGAAUUGAAGGAUGUCAACCCUUAGAAUCUGACUGCCAUAAGGCAAGUGUACAAUGAGCGGAUGACACAUAUUAGGGCCAAGAGGGGACAAUUGUCAGAGAUGCAACACUUGAUGAGGUUGUUGGAGGAAGACAAGUACACGCACUGGUCCAGAACUAAAGAGGGUUCCACAGUGAUCUGGUCCUUAUUCUGGGCCCAUCCAGUUUCCAUCCAACUGUUCAACCAAUUUCCUACUGUUGUCUUUCUUGAUAGCACGUACAAGACCAACAAGUAUAGGAUACCAUGGCUGCAGAUGGUUGGUAUGACAUCAGUUGGAUUCACAUACACCAUCGGUUUUGGCUACAUGUGCAAUGAGCGUGAACCUGAAGUUACAUGGGCACUUCAAAAACUAAGGGGGUUGCUACUUAGGGAGGAGGACAUGCCUAAAGUCAUGGUUACUGACAAAGACACUGCUUUGAUGAACGCAUUUACAACCACAUUCCCUACAGCAACUCACUUGCUAUGCCAAUUCCAUAUUGCUAAGUGUGUGAAGGAAAAGUGCAAGCUCACUAUCGAAGACAAGGAGAUGUGGGAUGAUGUCGGGGACGCAUGGAAUAGAGUCAUGUAUGCCGAGUCAGCGGAGGAGUUUAAUGCGAGCAUGAACUCCUUACGUUCACUUGUUGGGGUGCACUCUGACCUCAUGCAUUACAUUAAGGAAACUUGGUUGUCGUUUAAGCACAAGUAUGUGGUUUAUGCGAUUGACCGUUAUAUGCACAUGGGUAACACAACUACAAACAGGUACAUUCUUAGACACUGACAUUUCGUUAAGUAUGUAUUAAUGUUAAUGUUAUACCUUUGGACAGGGUUGAAGGUGCACACGCAAAACUGAAAGCGUGCAUCAAAGAUAGCAAGAGUGACAUGUGUGCGGCUUGGGCAACUAUACAUAGGUGCACACUGAUCCAACAUACAAGGAUUAAUGUUGCUUUUCAGGCAAGUAUCUUCAUCAGAGAGCACACAUUUAAGGAGAAGUUGUACGAAAACCUGCGUGGUGUAGUCUCAAGAUAUGCGCUCAUGUUGAUCGCAAAGGAGAAAGCGCGCGUUGGAAAAUGCGGCUGCACUAUGAGGAGGACACACGGCCUGCCUUGUUCAUGUCAGAUUGGUAGGAUGGCCACUAUUCCAUUUACGGCAGUGGACCAACAUUGGAGGAGGCUUACAUCAACAUCUGCACCUGAUGAAUCCCAACCUGUUUUGGGAUUGAGCAUUGCGACAGAGUUAGAGGUCAUUGCAAAGAUGUUUGAAGAAGCUAAUGUUCCGAGAAGACAAGCUAUCAAAGAGAGGCUUCGGGAGUUUGCAUACCCGGAUCAGACUUCUAUGUGUCCUCCUCCAAACAAGUUGCCUACAAGGGGUCGGCCCAAUGAACCUAAGUGUUCUAGCAGACGCAUUCCUUCAUCUUGGGAGAAUGUUGAUGCAAUAGCUGGGUCAAAGCAAGCUAGCAACUCAUCAGCUCCACAAGGCAAGGGGUGUAAGACCCGGUCGGUAAAACGGAAGAGCAUUCCUUUGAAGCAAUCUGCACCUAAGAAGAGAAGCAAAAGGAUUGCAAGCAACACAGCUAAACUCCCGCCACAGCACCUGAAAGGCAAAGUUUACUCGGCCAACUACAUCCAUGAAGUGCCCGAAUUCCUCCGUGAAUAUGUCAUUGACAUUCAGAAUGUUGAAGAUGAUGGGAAUUGUGGAUAUAGAUGCACUUCUUCCUUGAUGGGUAAGGGAGAACAAAAUUGGCGUCAAAUUUGACAAGACAUGAUAAAGGAGCUUAGAUUACGGCAAGGUGUCUACCAUGGUAUGUAUGGCACCAACAUACAUUACGAAAAAGUACUACAAGCCUUGCAUAUUGCUCCAAAUGAGUUUGCAACGGAGGAGAAGUGGUUAUGCGUGCCGGAUAUGGGUCACAUUGUUGUUACGAUGUACCAGAUUGUGUUCGUGACCUUGUCGAAUCGAGGGGGCGCCACCUACUUCCCUCUCACCGGUCCAGUGCUACAUCCGUCAGAGCACCAGAUUAUAUGUUUACUUCUUGUCAACAACAACCACUGGGUGAAGGUGCUUAUUUCAAGUGACUUUCCUUUGCCAACGGUUAAUCCACAAUGGAUGUAUCAUUGUACUGUUGAAGCUCGUGGUUGGUAGCUACCAUACCUGGAUCGCAUGGCUCUAUUCAACGAACUCUUUCGAAAGGCAAAUGUAGACAUACAUAAGAUCGAUGGAAUCAUAAACCUCGCUGAAGAUUAGUUUCGUGAUGUUGUAGUAGGCCAUUUGCAAAUUUUCAUAUUAGUUGUAAUGUAUCAAUGAUAGAUUAUAAUGUAACAUUUAUGUUUCUGUUGAAGUUUAUGUUUCUGUUUUGUUAAAGUUUCUGUUUCUGUUGGAGUUUUUGUUUCUGUUUGUUUCUGUCAAGUUUUUGUAUA